AUGCCGUAUCAACAAAGAGAAGAUCUGAAACCUGUGUUUGUCAUGGAUCCAACAUACGAAGACAUAUCUUCCGAUGAAGAGGAAUUCACUGACGAAAUUCCGGUGACCACUCAGUCUGUAACUGACAUGUGUGAAGACAUUGCAAGUGACGAUGAAUUUAACUUAAUGGAUACAAUGGAUUUCUGUAUGGACUCCGAGUUAUUUAGCUCUACCAAUGAAACAACCGGAGACAUCCUGGACAUGGUGGAUGACAUUAUCGCCCAAAAUCCGGGAUUAAUUGAUUUCCAGGAAGAUCCCUCAAGUGCAAAUGCCGCAUCCGCAAAUGAAGAAGAAGAAGAAGAAGAAGAAGAAAGCAUCCGAAAUGAUGACAACGAACAGUCAAUUAACACGGAGACAACUACAAUUUGUUUGUGUCUGACUAGGACCGUGAAAACAUUCAAAAACGGAAGAACUGAGGAGACCAGAAAUACUUCAAUCAGCCACUCCGAAAAUGUCAACUUAAAUGAAGUAGAUGUAGAAGCCAUUGCCCUUGACAUUCUCAACGAAGUGUCCGUUCAGUUUUCGUGGCCAUCGGUUCGGGUUGCUGAAACAUUAUGA